GUGGUGGAUGAAACUGAUGAAACUAAUGAUAAUAACUUUGGGGAUUUAUAUAUAUAUAUAUAUAUAUUGGAAAAUAAGAUCCGAAUUAAUCUUUUCCAAGAAAAGAAAGAAAUUAUUAGAGUAAAAACAAAAUAUGACUACGAGGACUUUUGGAAAAAAUGCAAAAACUUGAAAAGAGGCUUACGAAAAUAA